ACGAUAUUCCUCUGGCUCUGGCCCUUUCUGACCCUGCCGAAGAAGACCCUCUUCUGUAAACCUCUCUCUCUCUCUCUCUCCUGCCCCUUAUCUUCUCCUCCCAUUUGCUUCCCUCCCCUCUUUCUCUCUGUCUCCAUAUCGGUCAUGUCUUAUGCUUCUACAAACCUACUCAAGCCGCUGUCAAUGGCAGGAGGCAGCCUCACCUCUCCUUCAACCCUCUUCGCCACUAAGGCCGGGUACCCAUUUAUCGCUCUCCCUGCAAAACCCGUAAAACUCCUUCACCUCAACUGCUCGUCUGCCUCUUCGUUUCCUUCUUGGCUAUAUCUGAAGAAGAAUAUAUCUCCAUCAAAUGUGAUGGGUUUUGUGGUCCAUACCUCUGGUUGGGCUCAACAAGAGGUAAAAAAUGAAGUUGAGGAGGAGACUGAUGCUCGUGUUUCGGAUUGGGAGGAAGAGGGAGAAGAAAAUGUGACAGAAGGGAGCGAGGUCGAAGAUGGUGAAGUAAUCGCUGGAGAUGGGUUUGUUGAAGGGGAGGGAGAAGAUGAUUACCCAGAGCCACCUGAGGAUGCCAAGCUAUUUGUCGGUAAUUUGCCUUUCGAUAUGGACAGCGAGAAGUUGGCUAAGCUAUUCGACGAAGCAGGAAUUGUUGAAGUUGCCGAGGUAAUUUACAACCGGGAAACAGAUCGAAGUCGUGGAUUUGGUUUCGUGACGAUGAGUACAGUGGAAGAAGCGGAGAAAGCUGUGGAAAUGUUCCACCGUUACGAUGUAAGUGGCAGGCUUUUGACUGUGAACAAGGCUGCACCAAGAGGGUCCCAGCCUGAACGACCCCCUCGAAUGUUUGAACCUUCAUUCAGGAUCUAUGUUGGAAACCUGCCGUGGCAAGUGGAUAAUGCUCGUCUUGAGCAGGUUUUCAGUGAACAUGGCAAGGUUGUGGAUGCCAGGGUUGUAUUUGACCGGGAAACUGGACGAUCACGUGGGUUUGGCUUCGUAACAAUGUCCUCACAGUCGGAGUUGGAUGAUGCAAUUGCUGCUCUUGAUGGACAGAGUUUGGAUGGGAGGGCCAUAAGAGUGAAUGUUGCAGAGGACAGACCAAGGCGUGGCUCCUUUUGAUUUAGAGAGAUGAAUCUCCAAGGGCCUUUUUGAGUCUCCUGUAAAGUGUGAUAUGUUUCAGAGAAAAAGAGGGUGGGUGUCCCUCUGGUCCAUUUGUUUUGUCAUUUUAUAGAUAGAUGCAAGGAAGGUUCGUUUUUAGGAUUUUGAAUUCCUUAACAAACUUUUUCACUACUUGUUUUCUUUUUCUUUAUUUAUUUUGUUUCUCUAAUUGAGUUGGUAUGAUAUUUAUAAUUAUAAUCAUAUCAUUCAUUCAAGUUGUUUACAGCUUAUCUUGUUUAUAUCUAUGCAAGGAGGUGGUCCUUAAGUUUUA